AUGGCUUCGAACUGGUUUGGGAUUUUCUUUGCAGCCUGUCUUAUCCUCCAGCUACAGGGAAUCCUGGUCCAAAUGGUGUACCCUGACUGCGGCAUAGUCUCGCCUCAAAGCAGGGUCGUAGGUGGCCAAGCCGCUGGUCUAGGAUCGGCUCCUUUUAUGGCGUAUUUGAUGAAAAAUAAUCUCUACCACUGCGGCGGUUCGAUCAUCAACAAAAGAUAUAUCCUUACAGCCGCAAGCUGCUUGAAUAGUGACAUAACGGUGCGUCUGGGCGAGUAUGACGACAGAACGGAUCCAGAUUGCGUCGAAAAAGUAUGCAUGCCCCUCCAUGAGGACUUCAGUAUCUCGAGAUUCGCCUACCAUAAGGACUACAAUAAUAUUACUCUUGAAAAUGACAUAGCUCUGAUCCAAUUAAGCAAGGCUAUAGAGUUCAAAGAACACAUUAAGCCGAUCUGCCUGCAUAAAUUUCCUGGAAAUGCGACUAGACCGAACGAGUACCAGGUCUACGGCUGGGGAGCGACCAGACACAGUGGUAAAUCUCAUUCUUUACAGACCACGAUAUUGCGCAACUACCCCAAUAGCCGCUGUAGAAGGCCGUUCACAAUGAACAUCAAUCCGAAUGUGAUCUGUGCCGGAGCUCGGAAUUCGGACACAUGUCAGGGCGACUCCGGCAGCCCGCUGGUAACUCACGGCCACUAUGCCGGUAGGACUCGCUAUGUGCAGAUGGGAAUAUUGAGCUUCGGCACCCGAAAGUGCACAGGAUUCGUCCUUACGGCCGCACACUGCGUGGGUAUGAAUAUGACGGUGCGCCUGGGAGAGCACGAUAAUAGGAGUAACCCAGACUGCGAGGGAUUCGUGUGCAUGCCCAGCCAUCAGGACUUUGGUAUUGCGCGCAUCGCAUACCAUAGGGAAUAUAAUGGUGGCACAAAAUUUAAUGACAUAGCUCUGAUUAAAUUAAACGGGAAUAUCAUUUUUAAUGUGCACAUUCAGCCGAUCUGCCUACACUUAUAUCCUGCGAAUGCUCGCAGAGUUACUGAGUACCAGGUCUUCGGCUGGGGCCUGACCCACUACGCCGGUUCUACAGCCCAUGUUCUUCAGACCACAAAUCUGACCCACUUCCCAAACAGCCAAUGUGAAAGAGAGUUCGAUGGGAUUAGCGUGAGUAACAACCAGUUCUGCGCUGGAUCGAGCACUGGAACGGACUCCUGUGGCGGAGACUCAGGCGGCCCGCUAGUAACCACGAUCGAAACCGCCGAUGGAGAGAGCCGCUACGUGCAAUUGGGAGUAGUUAGCUACGGCGACUCUUCCUGCAUGGGGACUGGGGUGUACACAUAUGCACCUAACUACGGUCAGUGGAUCUUGGAAAAUAUACGAAAGAUGAGAAUGUACUAA